AUGAAGGCUACCAAAGGUAGCGCGUCGUGGGCAUGGGCUAGUCUUAUUGAAGGAAGGAAGGUGAUCCUAAAUGGGGCAAGAUGGCAAAUUAUGAAUGGAGCGCAAGCGAAAAUAUGGACUGAUAAAUGGAUUACCAACAUACAAGGAGGUGCUUUAUGUCCUAUUCCUGGUGCCAUCGUGGAUAGAAAUGCGAUUGUGGAGACCAUUAUUGAUUGGAAUUCAAGAUUGUGGAACUUGGAUAUAAUUCGGCCUCUAUUAUCGGCACAAGAGGCUCUUGCCAUUCAACGGAUCCUUAUCGGAAGCAUCUUGAAGGUGGAUCGCUUGGUGAGGCCGGAUGAGAAAAAUAGAAAGUACUCGGUAAGAUCUGGUUAUCAUAACAUUCAUACCCAUCAUCACCGUAGCUCUUUGCGUAGGCCUUCUUCCUCUAUGUCCAUUGACCAAAGGGUCUGGAAGUUGAUUUGGCACGCGAAUGUCACUCCAAAAAUUCGUCACUUCUUGUGGGGAGCUUUAAAUGGCCACGUGGCUAUCUCCUCUGUUCUUUAUAAGAAGAAGCUGCGUAAUUCUCCUUUAUGUCCAAUCUGCAAUGAAUAG